GACUUCAUUGACCUAACUAGAGAGACCAGAACAAGGGCAAAAGAUCGUAAUGGACUCUGUGUGAUUGAUCUGACAAGAAAUGAGGAAGAAAACAGACCUAUUGCCACUCUUGACUUGACUUUAGAACCUGUAGCUUCCUCCCAGAAGGAGCCACCCAAUCUUCAGACAUGUACCAGUCUUUCAGGCAAAGAGGUGAUGGAAACACCUGGAGACAUAGGCUCUCAGUCUGCAGCACCGAGAAUCGUCAACAAUGAUCCUGUAGAUUUGGAUUUGUUGGAGGAAAACAUGUUUGAAGGUUCUCGACCCCCUCCAUCUAUCAACCAGGACUCUGUUUAUCCACCAGAGCCAAACUGUAGCUCGAUCACAUACAAAGGUGACCUCAGCUUCUUGACAAGCCUACAGCUCUCUUCAGAUGUUAGCUCCUUCUCCUCAACAAGCAAUAACAGUAGCAGCAGCAAUCAGAGGUCCUCUUUACCAUGCCCACAGCAAGACAUGCCUUGCCAACCUCAAGGCUUGCUAUGCCCACUGCAAGCCUUAUCAUGCCCACUAAGAGCUUCGCCAUGUCCACCACGAGCUUCCUCAUGUCCGCCGCAAGCCUUGUCAUGUCCCCCGCAAGCUUCCUCAUGUCCGUCACAAACUGUGCAGUGCCAACUCCAAGCCUUGCCUCAUCCACCUCAAGAAGUGCCAUGCCCUCCUCAAAAUGUGCCAUGCCCUCAGCAGAAUAUGCCAAGCACACGUCAGAACAUAUCAUGGCAUCCUCAACACCCAUUAUACCCACCCCAAGAUACUCUGGGCCUACCUCAAGAUGUUCCAGGCCAACCUCAAAACCUGUCAUAUCCACAGGAUGUGCCACAACUGCAAGACAUACCAUGGUCCCUGCAAGACAUGCCGCUGUCACUACAGGAUGUGCUGCAGUCACUGCAAGAAAUGCCACCACUACUGGGAGAUGUGCCACAGUCACCAGAAGUGAUGCAGGUACCAGGAUAUGUGACACAGUCACCAGAAGUGAUGCAGGUACCAGGAGGUGUGAUACGGUCAUCAGGUGUAGCUCAGUUGUCAGGAGGUGUGACACAGUCAUCAGGUAUAGCUCAGUCGUCAGGAGGUCUAACACAGUCAUCAGGAGGUCUAACACAGUCAUCAGGAGGUCUAACACAGUCAUCAGGAGGUCUAACACAGUCAUCAGGAGGUCUGACACAGUCAUCAGGAGGUCUAACACAGUCAUCGGGAGGUCUAACACAGUCAUCGGGAGGUCUGACACAGUCAUCGGGAGGUCUGACACAGUCAUCAGGAGGUGUGACACAGUCAUCAGGAGGUGUGACGCAGUCAUCAGAAGGUCUGAUACAGUCAUCAGGAGGUGUGACGCAGUCAUCAGGAGGUGUGAUGCAGUCAUCAGGAGGUGUGACACAGUCAUCAGGUGUAGCUCAGUCAUCAGGAGGUGUGACACAGUCAUCGGGAGGUGUGAUUCUGUCAUCGGGAGGUGUGACACAGUCAUCUGGAGAUGUGACACAGUCAUCAGGAGGUGUGACACAGUCAUCGGGAGGUGUGACUCUUUCAUCGGGAGGUGUGACACAGUCAUCGGGAGGUGUGACACAGUCAUCAGGAGGUGUGACGCGGUCAUCAGGAGGUGUGACACAGUCAUCAGGAGGUGUGAUGUGGUCAUCAGGAGGUGUGACUCUGUCAUCAAGAGGUGUGACGCAGACAUCAGGAGGUGUGACACAGUCAUCAGGAGGUGUGAUGCAGUCAUUGGGAGGUGUGACGCCGUCAUCGGGAGGUGUGAUGCGGUCAUCGGGAGGUGUGACGCCGUCAUCGGGAGGUGUGACGCAGUCAUCGGGAGGUGUGACACCGUCAUCGGGAGGUGUGAUGCAGUCAUCGGGAGGUGUGACACCGUCAUCGGGAGGUGUGAUGCGGUCAUCGGGAGGUGUGACGCCGUCAUCGGGAGGUGUGACGCCGUCAUCGGGAGGUGUGACACCGUCAUCGGGAGGUGUGAUGAAGCUAUCAACUGUGUCACAGUCAUCAGUAGAUAUGAUGCAAUCACCAGGAAGUGUGUCACAGUCAUCAGGGGAUGUGAUGCAAUCACCAGGAAGUGUGCCACAGUCAUCAGGAGAGGUGAUAGAAUCACCGGGAGGUAUGUUACAGUCACCAGGAGAGGUGAUGCAGUCACCAGGAGGUGUGUUACAGUCACCAGGAGGUGUACCACAGUCAGUUGGAGAUACACCGCACUUACCAGAUGUGUCGCACUCAUCACUAAGGUUGUUGAACUUAGCAAGAGACAAGCCAAAGACUUCUCCAGAUGAAGUGCAGAAUCAUGACACUCCUAUGGAUAUUUCUGCUCCAUCCUCUCCGAAUUGCUCUACCAACCCACAGUCUGAAUUUUCCUUAGAAAAAGUUCCUUGGCUCUCUGCCACGGACAGCUUAGCCAGAAAAGAGAGAUCAUUGCCACAGCUUGCCAACCCUGGGCCUGCCCAGAUACAAGGACAAAUACCACAAGUUGGGGUAUACAACAGACCUUGCCUGCAUAGACUGAAAUACUUCUUACGACCUCCAGUACAUCAUCUUUUCUUCCAGACAUUAAUACCUGAUAAAGACACACGGGAGAGCAAGGGUCAGAAAUUAGAACCCAUCCCUCAUCGAAGACUAAGAAUGGUGACAAACACUAUUGAAGAAAACUUUCCUUUGGGGACUGUGCAGUUUUUAAUGGACUUUGUCUCACCCCAACAUUACCCACCCAGAGAAAUUGUGGCUCACAUCAUCCAGAAAAUCCUGCUCAGUGGCUCUGAGACUGUGGAUGUCCUCAAGGAGGCCUACAUGCUUCUCAUGAAAAUUCAACAGCUGCAUCCAGCCAAUGCCAAGACAGUGGAAUGGGACUGGAAACUGCUUACCUACGUCAUGGAGGAAGAGGGACAAACUCUGCCCGGACGAGUCCUCUUUCUACGUUACGUAGUACAGACCCUGGAAGAUGACUUCCAGCAGAUCUUGAGGAGACAGCGGCAGCAUCUACAGCAAUCCAUUGCAAACACCGUUCUGUCAUGUGACAAACAGCCCCACAAUGUCAGAGAUGUUAUCAAGUGGCUAGUCAAAGCAGUGACUGAAAAUGAAUUAACACAGCCCCAAGAUGGUACUCAGACUUCUUCAGGAACAGGAGUCAUGAAAGCUGCCAGCGACCACCUGUCUCCCCAACCUAACCUGACCAGGAACACCAAUCAGCUGGUUGUGUGUCAGCUGCAGAGGAUGUUGUCCAUCGCUGUGGAGGUUGACAGGACUCCUACCUGCAGCUCCAAUAAAAUAGCUGAGAUGAUGUUUGGGUUUGUGCUGGACAUUCCUGAGAGGAGUCAGAGGGAGAUGUUUUUUACUACCAUGGAAAGCCACCUUCUGCGCUGCAAGGUGUUAGAGAUCAUAUUCCUCCACAGUUGUGAGACACCCACCCGUCUCCCCUUGUCUCUGGCCCAGGCCCUCUAUUUUCUGAACAACUCCACAUCACUGCUCAAGUGUCAGUCAGAUAAAAGCCAGUGGCAGACAUGGGAUGAGCUGGUCGAGCAUCUGCAGUUCCUGUUGUCCAGUUACCAGCAUGUGCUGAGAGAGCACCUACGGAGUUCAGUGAUUGAUCGAAAAGACUUGAUCAUCAAAAGAAUCAAGCCCAAGCCCCAACAAGGAGAUGACAUCACAGUGGUGGAUGUGGAGAAGCAGAUUGAGGCCUUCCGCAGCCGCCUGACCCACAUACUGGGAGAACCCCUGGUCCCCCAGCUCCAAGACAAAGUGCACUUGUUGAAGCUGCUACUCUUCUAUGCUGCGGACUUGAACCCUGACACAGAGCCUGCCUCACAGCACUGAGGCAGCCAGACUUGUAAGCACUGAGUACCAAGAAUACCUCCGGAUUGUCGCCAGCUACUUAGAAGCUCUGAAGUGGACUAUCAAAGGACCAAACCUAUUUAUCUGUAGGCUGUAAUCACUUUAUAACUCUUCUUCAGUAGAUCUUUUUUUUAUAAUCCUUAUCCUAGCAUACUCAAAUGUGUCUUAAACAUACAAGGUGUAUAUAUUUUUUAUUAAAUUAUUUAUCUAUGCUUUUGAAACAGGCAAUACGAUAUUGCACUAUAUGUCCAACAUUUCCAUUCAAGAUGUGAAAGACCCUCGGCUAAACCAUCUCAUCAGUGUUACAUCUGUCAAGGUACUAACGUCCUGUUUCUGGAAAGACAGUUUUUCCUGAAUAGAGCACAUUCUAUAUUAGACUUUUCAUAUUGCCUAUGAUAUGACUCUGUGGUCAGUUAAUUAAAGCUAAAAAACAAAGCAGGCAAAGAAACAAAGAAUAGAGCCUGUUAAUGAAGCAUCUGAUGUCAAAAAGAUAGCACAAAAGGUACUAAGUUUACAAUGCGCCAGACUCCACUACGGGGCAGGCAGAGUGGACAAGAGAGAACCAGGAUUGAGAAAGUAGUAAAGAUUUUUAUUGUCAAUACAAGAUAACACAAAUAAAUUAAUUUUUACAACAA